AAGUACCUGGAUCCACCUGUGAGUGUGUGUAUAUUGGCCAAGUCAGCUGAUGUGUAAUGACGAUCCCCCUUCGAAGCCUGUCAUAACAAGGGACUCCUUUGAGAACAACUAAUUUACUAAUCCUUGAAUACGGAAUGUGUGGGUGGCCAAAUUAAGACUGGUUACAUGUUGAACGAGGCAUGGCUCCCAAAGGCGAAGAUAAUUCGGUGUUUGUGCUCUGUGAUCGAGAGAUCCUGUACCAUGGGAUGCUCUGUGUCUCUGCCAUUGGCGUGAUCAUCACCCAGGCCACCAUCCUCAACUUCUACAUCAUUGCCUUCUUCAGGGGAUACCGUCAUCAUGUUGCCACAUACUUUUGGUUCCUGGGAGAUCUUUUCAUCGUGUGCCUCUUCGCUAUUAGCUUCACCACCGCCUACAGAUACAUUCACAUGAGACGGAAAUUCUCAGGCAACCGUACUUUAUCCGAGAAGAAUAUUCAGCAAAAAAUUCGACGGUCCAUCUACAAGCACGUUCUUUGGUUAUCUCCCGUUUACUGUGGGACACUUCCGUUUGCUUUCCUCUCGUGGCUCGCUUACUCCGUCUAUUUGGUGGGAAAAGUGGGGGUGAUCUUCAAUUCUGAGAUCCCUGCCUUUAUGACCAAUUUCACCGCGAUUGAACUGUCCUUCACCAAUGACCCGGCCAACAACUUGGGCUCGAAUCUUCUCAAGGUGACCAUUGGCUUGUCAGCCUUGGUCUUCAUUAUCAUGCUCCAGGCUCAUCACAACCACGACCCAGAUUCACCGCACAGCGGAUACAUCUCCGGGAUCUGUCACAACACUGCGGUGGAAGUGUUCGAUUCGGUGACGUUGCUGAGCUUGAUCAUUGUCCAGGACAAGGACUCGCAUUUCUCCAAGAUCUGGAACUUUGACGGAGUGAUUAUUGUACUUUCGUCGCUGAAUCUCAUCUUGCCCACACUUGCCUUGUACGGACUGUCCAUGAGCGACUUUGGACGCAAUUUGGAACGGAUUGUUCCAAUCAAAGUCAUACACCAACUUAUUCUCUUGCUGUUGAUCAACAUUCCUUUCCUCGGAGUCAGAAUCUAUCUCUGGACGGUAUUCAACUACGAGUUGUCCCUAUUCGUGGUGAAAAAUCUUUGUUACAUCUUCAUGUUGAGUCACAGUCUCUAUCCAGGCAUGGUGAAAGUCACCAAGAGGUUCAUCCUGCAACCGGCAUCCAAACUCCCGGCUUUAGCCAUCACAACCACCGAGCAAUUGAGUCAAAUGGAACUUACCACAAUUCGAUCCAGUUCGGGUAAAGGAAGUAAACGGAGUUCACGGUAUUCUGAGGACUUUAAUGUUUGUUUUCUUGUAGAUAUGUCAAGCCCUGGUCCAACCUAGUCAAGAAUCUAUAAUGGAACAACAGAUGAGUGGCUAGGACUACUCACUCCAUCCAAGUGAUCAACAGAUAACCUCGAAAAAAGUGGCCAUUACAUAAGAUGAAUAUCAUGCCAAGAUCAGCCUUUAAUCCAGAAUGAUUAAAGCAUUGUGCAGUAUCAAAUAUUUGAAAUAUACCAAAGCCUCGUACAAGAA